AUAACAUUCAUUAUUCAAGUCCCCCUCCAUUUGCAAGGGCGACUUCCUUGCGACGAUAGGCUAUGGCACGCCACAGACUCCCGAAUAUUUUCUACAUCAUCCAGGCUACCGACCUUAGUAUUUCAACAUGGCUGCUGCUAGGCGCAUCUGCUCAAUGUCUCUUGCUCACCUUCUUGCCAAGAAAUAUAGCGGUUCUCCCUGCAAUAAUCUUCUUCCUUUACCGCAUCAUCCGUACCUUCCUCGUGGCCUCUGGGAGACUCCCCAACCCACUUGCAGAGGGCGUAAUUUAUGGCCGCACCACUGCGCAAUUUCCAUCUUCAGACGGUAGCAUCACCUCUAAUCGCUCCAGCUCCACUAUUGUCGUCCUCGUCCUCGGAUUCUCUACAACCCACGCCGCUGGCCGCUUCACCCCAGGCAGCAAAACCACAGGCCAGUACUUCACUCGUAUGUGGCGCCAAGCGGAAUCCAAGCGCGAAGAGUACGGAUACCUCGGAAACACGCCCGCCCUGACCGCUGAGCCCGAUACCAUUGAGCAGUAUGGGACUCGAACUGGGGACGAUAAGGGGGUGACGAUGGUGUGGAUUAGUUAUUGGAAGAGUUUGGAUGGGUUGCAUCAGUUUGCGCAUGAGGGCGCGCAUUUGAAGGGGUGGAGGUGGUGGGAGAAGGAAGGUGGGGAGAAGUUGCCGCAUGUUGGCGUUAUGCAUGAGGCGUAUGAGGUUCCGGCGGGGAAUUGGGAGAAUAUUUUUCAUAAUUUUAAGCCGUUUGCAAUCGGCAAUACAAAGUUUGCGUUAAAGCGACCCAGUACUGAACUUGAAGAAGCACAGGAGAAGGGGGAGACGGUCAAGUUUGUCAGUGGGCUCAGUGCAGUGCCAGCUAAGGCGAAGGAAUGGAAGAGCAUGGAGACUCGGAUGGGGAGGCCACUGGGUAGCGUGAGUGCGAAGAAGUGAAGAGCUAGGAGGAAGUCUCAGAUGUCCCCUGAGAACCGACUGAAUCGAAUAGACUGGCAGGUUUGAGUAUAAGUGGCCUCGGAAUCUGAAAACCGAAAUCCAACAAUUCAGUAGUGGUAUGGAAGGGCAGGUAAAUUCGAUAGACGGAGGUGAUCAAGGAGGGAAUGCAUUUCAUGUUUCUGUCAGACGGGCGAACGAGCUGGUAUAUAUGAGGGUAUUAUAGAUCGCACGGCUUCACUAGUGUCGGAGACGGCUUAGCCCAAUGAAAGACAUAACUGUCGCCUUU